CAGCGAGUCGCAGUUUCUUUAUUGUUAGUGAGAAAGUUUGAGUUGUGAUCCGUCAGAGCCUCUGUGUGUCCGGAUAAACCUGUCUGAAUGGACUUUGUGCUGUUCACCUUUUCUUUCUGGAUGUUUUUUCCUCUGACUCUUCUCCCGGUAGACUACAAACACAUUCAAGUUAGCUUAGCAUGCUAGCUGGUUAGCACAGCGGCACUAGUCAUAGUGACUGUUUGAUGGAGAGCAAACUGUGUUUCUGACGGAGUUUGUGUGGAGAAAAAGUUGGUGUCACUGUGUGAAAAAUGUCUAAAGUCCAAACGGUGAGAGCGCUGGUGGAGCAGCGACUGACUGCGGCUGCUGAAGAGAUAUUUGGGCUGUUUGAAAGAACGAUAGCAGAGUACGAGGAGCAACUUUGUCGUUCAAAAGAGAAGAACGAGCGACAACAGAAACUACUGGACGCUGUUUUCAACCCUCAGAUUCAGUUACACAGAGCAGAUGUUCAGCAGCUGUUGGUGGUUAAAGAAGAGUUUCCCUCUGAGCAACAGGAGAGGAGCUGCAGUUUUGACCAGGACCAGGACCAGGAGGAGCCAGAGCCCCCACACAUUAAAGAGGAACAGGAGGAACCUUGGACCAGUCAGGAGGGAGAGCAGCUUCAGGGGCUGGAGGAGGCUGAUAUCACCAAGUUCACAUUCACUCCUGUCCCUGUGAAGAGUGAAGAAGAUGAAGAGAAACCUCAGUCCUCACAGCUUCAUCAAACACAGACUGAACAGAUGGAAACAGAAGCUGAUGGAGAGGACUGUGGAGGACCAGAACCAGACAGGAACUCUGAUCCUGAUCCACAUUUACAACCCGAUAUGGACAACGAGCCUGCAGACUCUUCUGAACCUGAUACCGAUGACAGUGGUGAUUGGAAGGAGACCAGAGAACCUCAGUCAGGAUUGAACUGUUUGAAAAAAGAUGUCAGAGAUUCCAGAUUUAGUGCUGGUGAGAAACAAUUUAGCUGCUCUGAGUGUGGGAGAAGAUUUGACUACAAGCACGUUCUGAAGAGACACAUGGUCUCUCAUACAGGAGAGAAACCUUUCAGCUGCUCAAUAUGUAAGAAAAAAUUUUCACAGAGUGGAACUUUAAGGUUACACAUGAGACUCCACACAGGAGAGAAACUUUUCAACUGCUUAGUUUGUAAGAAAACUUUUACACGGAGUGGAACUUUAAAGUCACACAUGAGAAUCCACACAGGAGAGAAACCUUUCAGCUGCUCAGUUUGUAAGAAAACUUUUGAACGAAGUGGAAAUUUAAAGGCACACAUGAGACUCCACACAGGAGAGAAACUUUUCAACUGCUUUGUUUGUAAGAAAACUUUUACACAGAGUGGAACUUUAAAUGCACACAUGAGACUCCACACAGGAGAGAAACCUUUCAGCUGCUCAGUUUGUAAAAAAACUUUUACAUGGAGUGCAACUUUAAAGUCACACAUGAGACUCCACACAGGAGAGGAUCUUUUCAGCUGCUCAGUUUGUAAGAAAACUUUCACAGAAAGUGGAACUUUAAAGUCACACAUGAGACUCCAUACAGGAGAGAAAUGUGUCAGCUGCUCAGUUUGUGAGAAAACUUUUACACAGAGUGGAGCUUUAAAAAGACACAUGAGACUCCACACAGGAGAGAGACCUUUCACCUGCUCAUUUUGUGGUAAAAGUUUCAAUCGAAGUUCUGAUCUGAAGACACACAUGAGAGUUCAUACAGGAGAGAAACCUUUCAGCUGCUCAGUGUGUGGUAAAGAUUUCAGUCAUACUUCGGCUCGGAAUAGACAUUUCAGACUCCACACAGGAGAGAAACCUUUCAGUUGCCAUAUUUGUAGCAAAAGAUUUGCCUCAAGUUCACAGGCAAAAAGUCAUAAAUGUGCUGGCCACUCGUCCUCAAAGUUUCAUCAAACUGAGGAGAACAAAGAGGCAGAGCCUCCAGCCAGCAGCCCACAUGAAAAGAUGCUGACAGAAACUGAUGGAGAGGACUGUGGAAGACCAGAAGCAGCCAGGAACUCAGAUCCAGAUGAACCAGAAACUGAUGAGGAUACUGGAGAUUCUCCUGAACCUUAGACUGACAGUGGUGAUUGGAAGUGAACAAGCAAAACUCAGUCUGCUGUAAAUUCUUAGUAAAAGGUCCUCAUCAGUGACAAUGAAAGCCUUUUUAUUAACACCUUGGACCUUUUGGAGGGUGUGGCGGAUUCAGUUUGAAGGCUACAGAGAAGAUCAUCACAUAUUGGAAUGAAACUCGAUGAUCUUAGGAAUCCUUUUGUACAAAAUAUAUUGUGAUUUCUUGUUGGGAAGGGGGUGAAAUAUGAUGUUUAUAUGCCCAUUGAGCAUCUUUAGAUUUUUUAUUUGUUUUUGUUUUACAAAACGAAAGUUCAUAAACUGAUAUUUUAAUACAAUAUUUAAUUGUAGAAGUGUAACAAUUACAACUUUAU